CCUGCCGGGGCACGCGGCCGCUCGCCGCCCCCUUCCCCCCGCGCCCCGCCGCCGCCAUGGCCUGCGGCGCCUCGGCCGCCGACUGCCUGCGCGAGUGGCAGGAGCUGCAGGACGGCUACCAGCGCAUCCAGGAUAACCACAAGCUGUACAAGCAGAAACUUGAGGAGCUGACCAAGCUCCAGGAUGGGAUCUCCAGCGCCAUUGCACGGCAGAAGAAGAGGCUGAAGGAGCUGUCUCUGUCCCUAAAAAAGUGCAAGGCCCAUGUGAGUCCUGAAGAGGAGGAGUCCAUCCAAGAGACUCAGAGCCUGAUAAAAGAGAGGCAGAAUGUCUUCUUUGAGAUGGAGGCCUAUCUACCAAAGAAGAAUGGGUUGUACUUGAGUCUGGUGCUUGGGAACGUGAACGUCACACUACUCAGCAAGCAGGCUAAGUUUGCGUAUAAAGACGAGUAUGAGAAGUUCAAACUCUACCUCACCAUUAUCCUGCUCAUCGUGUCCUCCUCCUGUCGGUUCCUCUUCAACUCCAGGGUGACAGACGCUGUGUUUAACUUCCUCCUGGUGUGGUACUACUGCACCCUCACCAUCCGGGAGAGCAUCUUGAUCAACAAUGGAUCCAAAAUCAAAGGCUGGUGGGUUUUCCAUCACUACGUCUCCACUUUCCUCUCAGGUGUCAUGCUGACUUGGCCAGAUGGGCUCAUGUACCAGAUGUUUAGAAACCAGUUCCUCUCCUUCUCCAUGUAUCAGAGUUUUGUGCAGUUCCUCCAGUACUACUAUCAGAGCGGGUGCUUGUAUCGGCUCCGAGCACUGGGCGAGAGGCACAACAUGGAUCUCACUGUGGAGGGUUUCCAAUCCUGGAUGUGGAGAGGCCUCACGUUCCUGCUUCCCUUCCUCUUCUUUGGGCAGUUUUGGCAGCUCUACAAUGCCAUCACCCUGUUCCAUCUGAUGCAGCACCCAGACUGCAAGGAGUGGCAGGUCCUCAUGUGUGGCCUCCCGUUCUUCAUGCUCUUCCUGGGAAACUUCUUCACCACCCUCCGCGUCGUCCACCAGAAGUUUCAGAACCAGAACAAAGACACGAAGCAGAAGUGAAGGGAGGCAGUGUGGGGACCAAGCUGGUUUCGCCCCACUAUCUGCAUCUCCCACUCCUCUUCUUGCCUUGAUGCCGUCCAGACUGGUGUGUCUUGCCCCAUUCCUUUGAAGCAGGCCUGCCUGGGCAUGGGAUGGAGCUCAGGGCCUGCUAGCGAACAGACACUGUGUUCACCAUGGUGCUGGAGCUGUGUGCCUGAGCCACUAACCUGGAAGCAGGAACACCUGGCAGCUCCCGUCCUGUCUGCCUUCCUCCUCCAGGACAAACAGGGUGCCUGGGACGGCUGCUCCCCUUCUCUUUACCCUGAAGCCAUUUCUGGGAAUGGUUCCCUGAAGUCAAGCCCAGCUCUGCUAGCACUCUGCUGCAGGCAGGGUCCAAGGUGCUUGGCUUGCACUAAUGCCCUUGGUGCAAGGCUGUAUCCAGGGCUGUUAGUUACCUCCUUCACUCACCUCCCAGGGUAAAUGCUGUCCCUCUUCUUUCCCCAGCCCUGCAGCCAGGGCAGCCCCUGGGUGAUGGCAGAGGUAGACAAGGCCUGUGCUUGUCUCAUCAGCUAUGAGCAAUUGCUUCCCUGGCUGCUCCAGCAAAACCACCCUUGCUUUCUAGGGCAGCUGGAGGCCAUGCAUGCAGGCUUCCAGGCUGAGACUAGGAGCCUUGUACUACAGUUCCUCCCCCUUCCACGUCACAGGGCAGAGGGGGCAGAGGUGGAGGAGCUUCUUGGCAAGUGCUUUGGCCACAUGACUGUCCCAAGAGGUGUGCUGCUCCAUCUGCACCUUUUGGCGGGUGGGUGGGAAGAGCAUGAGUCCAAACCAGGCUUCACUCUGGAACUGUGCAAACAGCACCCUGGUGUUGCAUCUCUGGAGGAUGCACAUGGAAAAAUAAAGGGAAGGUGCUUCCUUGC